AUGUACGGCGCUGAUUGCUUACCACCAGAUGACAAACGCAGAACAGAACUAACUGGACUGAAAGAGAUUAAUCCUUUCAUAGAGAAUAUUUACAUCAUAUUAAAAUAUGAUGAUCAACAAAAUUUUAGGAGAAUUCCUUCGAAACAGUUGAACAGCGUGAGGUACCAUUUGCUAGAAAACCCUGAGAUUUUGGAAGACUUUAGGAGGAAGUUUAAAAAGAAGAAAGCUAUCAGAAAACAGUCACAUGAAUCUUCAGCUUCUUUAAAUGCUGUGUCUGCUUCUGUGGAGGGUGACACGUACACGAGGACUUUGCAAAGACGAUACGACUUGGAGUACCUACCUGAUCUGGACCCCAAUUUCGAAGAACUCGACAGUUAUAAAAAGAAAGGUGAAUUUGGUCAGUUGAUCCCAAAAAACUCAGAAGUACAAGAAGACAUAGCUCCUCAAUCUGACGAUGGAAACGGACCGCGUUUGGAACCUGAAAUCAGUCAAAAUGGAAACCUUGAACCAAAAUCAAUAUUUGGAGAAUCAUUACCAAUCAUCAAAAGCGCUGAGGUUGAGGCGUUUUCUGAAAAUAUAGUGAAGAAAAAAUAUUUAAAAGAAGAAUUAGUAGAGCCUAAAAAAGAAUUAAUCCUAAAUUAA